CGCUCAGCGUCCGGGGCCGACGGCUCGCCAUCUUCUACCGCUUGCGGGGCAGGUGUCUUGCGGGAGACGCUGGCUGGACCCUGGGGACUCUUAUACAGGAUGCUGUGCUCUCUGCUUCUCUGUGAAUACCUAUUGCUGAUAACUGGUUAUGCUCAUGACGAUGACUGGAUUGACCCCACAGACAUGCUUAAUUAUGAUGCUGCUUCAGGGACAAUGAGGAAAUCUCAGGCGAAAUAUGUUGUAUCAGAGAAAAAGGAUGUCAGUCCUGACUCAUCAAAUGCUGAUGAAUUGUCACAGUGUUAUCUCAGACUUGAUUCUUUAGCUCAUAAGAUUGAUGAGUGUGAAAAGAAAAAGAGAGAAGACUAUGAAAGUCAAAGCAAUCCUGUUUUUAGGAGAUACUUAAAUAAGAUUUUAAUUGAAGCCAGAAAGCUUGGACUUCCUGAUGAAAAUAAAGUGAAAUGCAUUAUAGCUGAGAUUAUCUUAAGACAAACCUUACUGAACAUACAGAAGUUUCUCAACGGAAAGAUGGAAUCAGGAGCCAUGGAUGAUGUGCUAAGUGAUAUUUUAAAUUUUAAGUUUCAUGAUUUUGAAACAUGGAUGCAAUUUGAAGAUUACUUUGGAGUGGAUCCAUUAACUUUGGCAGUGACUCUGAUUUACGCUUUUGUUUUCAAGGACUUCGUGUCUGCUUGCAUUGUCGCAUUAGUAGCAACUGAACUGUGGACAUAUGUUCGCUGGUACACCCAGUUGAGACGAGUUUUCUUCAUCAGUUUUGUCCUCAGUUUUGGAUGGAAUUGGAUUUAUUUAUAUAAGCUAGCUUUCGCACAGCAUCAGGCUGAUGUUGCCAAGAUGGAGCCAUCGAACAACGUAUGUGCUGAGAAGAUGGACUGGGUUGGAAGUCUCUGGGAACUGUUUAGAAGCUCAUGGACCUAUAGAGAUGACCCAUGCCAAAAGUACUAUGAGCUCUUACUAGUCAACCCUAUAUGGUUGGUCCCACCAACAAAGGUAUAGAACAUAUCUUGUGAAAAUCACUUAUACACAGCGUCAGA